AUGGCCACCUCAGCAAGUUCAAAACUGAACAAAGCUGUUAAACAGCAGUACAUGGAUCUCCCUCAGGGGGACAUGGUCCAAGCCAUGUAUAUCUGGAUAGAUGGAUCUGGAGAGGGGUUGCGCUGCAAGACCAGAACUUUGGAUUUUGAACCCAAAACGAUCGAGGAUCUUCCCGAGUGGAAUUUUGAUGGCUCAAGCACUUACCAGUCAGAGGGAUCCAACAGCGACAUGUUUCUGAUCCCUGCAGCCAUGUUCAGGGAUCCGUUCAGGAAAGACCCCAACAAGCUGGUGCUGUGUGAGGUCCUCAAGUACAACCGUAAACCAGCAGAGACCAAUCUGCGCAAAACCUGUAAACAGAUCAUGAGCAUGGUGGAGAAUAACCACCCGUGGUUUGGCAUGGAGCAGGAGUACACUCUCCUGGGAACAGACAGUCAUCCCUUCGGCUGGCCAUCCAACGGUUUCCCAGGUCCCCAAGGACCGUAUUACUGUGGUGUGGGAGCAGAUAAGGCCUAUGGAAGAGACAUAGUGGAGGCACACUACAGAGCCUGUCUGUACGCUGGGGUUAAGAUCUGUGGAACCAAUGCUGAAGUCAUGCCAGCUCAGUGGGAAUUCCAGGUGGGGCCUUGCGAAGGCAUCAACAUGGGGGAUCAUCUGUGGAUUGCCCGCUUCAUCCUUCACAGAGUGUGUGAGGAUUUCGGUGUGAUUGUGUCCUUUGACCCCAAACCAAUAUCAGGGAACUGGAAUGGUGCUGGCUGCCACACCAACUUCAGCACAAAGGGCAUGCGAGAGGAUGGUGGACUUAAAAUCAUUGAGGAGGCGAUUGAAAGGCUGGCAAAGAGACACAGGUAUCACAUCCGGGCCUACGAUCCCAAAGGUGGGCUCGACAAUGCCAGACGCCUCACUGGCUAUCACGAAACAUCCAGCAUUGACGAGUUCUCAGCCGGUGUGGCCAACCGUGGUGCUAGCAUCCGCAUCCCUCGCUCAGUGGGGCAGGACAAGAAGGGCUACUUUGAGGACCGCCGUCCAUCCGCCAAUUGCGACCCUUACAUUGUCACGGAGGCCUUGGUGCGCACAUGUUUACUCAAAGAAGAGGGGGAGGAGCCCACAGAUUACAGCAAAUGAACAGACCAACGACGACCAAGACGUUUUUAAAUUUUCUACUUGACAGAUGAAAAGAUAAUUGUUUUCUUUGUUGAAGCAAAUCUUUACCGCAGGCACAAACACUGCCUUUUUGCAUUUAGUCAUGAUGCCAUGGUAAAAGAUCAUUUGUAAUUAAUCAUAUUGUGGUAAUGUGUUUUAACUUGUACUAACAACAGUCCGAAUGCAGCAGGUUUGCUGUAGAUGGUAACUCUGACCCAAAGGAUCCCAAAGGCAUUUGAAUGUUUUUAUCAGUCUUGGCCUGUCUCUGUCACAGUGUUGAUUUUUAUCAUGUUAUGGAUAGAAUAAGUCAUGCACAUUUCUGUAGUUUUUGUUUUUUAAGAAUGCAUGUCUGUUUUCACUUGUUAUUGUCACAACAAACACUUAAAUAAACAUCUAGCAUUUUUAUA